CAUGGAUAUGAACACAAGAAACUGGACAUGAGCAACAACAGAUCAUGCACAAAAUUUCUUUAUGGUCAGGAGCACUUAAUGCCUGGAGGCUCUCUUCGUAAAAAGAAACUGGCAAAAAGACCUGGAUACAUGAGGCCAGAAGCUCAGCGACAGAUAGAGUUUCAGUCCCUGGGUGCCUGCAAACCAUUCAGCCCAGAAGAGCUCAAAAAUGGCAGGCAGCAUUGUGGAGACUUUGAGAACUGCUCUCUAUGCAGACAAUGCCAAAAUAACUUUGAAUUCUUAUGCUGUAGUGCAGCGAGUAGUGCCGUAGUUCCUGCUAAUGGGGUAACAAUGUUGGCUGCUACUGGAAAUAUGCCAGGAUGCUGCAAAAAUGUUUCAUGUUGCAAGAAUCCACGAUCAGAAAACACAGUGAUAGCGGUUUACUCUGCUGCAGCAACAAGCAAAGGAGAUUUUUCUGCUGUAUGCUGUACACGGCAGAAAAGCCACAGUGCUAAAGUGAGUAAGCCCCCAAACAUGUAUGCUUUGGAUCAGACAGAAGUGAAUAACAACUGUGAAUAUCAAAACAGAGAUGUUGUUUCUCAUUCUGUUGGUGCACACGAUAGCUUUAGUUCAAGUUUCAGCUUCAUACAGCUCUCCCUGAAUGCGGCCUCUGGAGUAAGCAAUGCUGAAGGCAAGUCAACCGUUGAGGAAGCUGAGUAUGUUCUGCAUCCUGGCACCACAGGAAAUCUGCAGAAGCCAGAAGAGAUGGCCCGAACUUGUGAGCACUUGGGAGCUUUACAUUGCUUCUCCAGGCCCAGUGAGGAUUUGGAGUAUGAAAAAGAGACCACAGCAAGUGAUAAACUACAGGACUGUGAGACUGUUUCUCUCUCGGAUACAGAUGCAACAUUUUCAUAUUCUACAGAUUCCUCGGAUGCAGCAUCUGCUGGCUCUUCUGUCACCUCAGGCUAUGAAAGUAGCUUUACUGUUAGUGACCAUAACUGGGAUACUUUGAUGAAAAAAUAUGAACCAGUGCUACAGGACUGCCUGCUUGGCAACCGCAGUACGUUGAAGGUAAAAUCCUUGAUCUUACGGCUUCAGAGGCUUCAGGAAAAAGCAAUAGAGGAAGAUGACUAUGAUAGAGCUGAUAAAUUUAGACGGAAACUGGAAGAACUGGAGAAAGAGAAAAAUUCUUUAAAAUUUCAGCUUCCUUCAAGGCAUCCUUCAGUUAGCAGUUUUUUGGAUAGGUUCGUUACCCAAGUUCAAGCAGCAUUGCGCUGGGCUGCCGAUCAUCGGGUUAGACAUGAAGAAACCCAGCUUUGGCAUGAAAAUGAACAUAAACUUUUGAGAUCUGCUUACCAGGAGAGGUUGCAGGUUUCGGCCACAAAACGAAACCAACUUUUUCAAGAAAAGAAAUGGUUACAGAAAGAAAUUGAAGACCUCCGAGCAAGACUGGCCAUAUUAGAAGCAAAAGAUCAACAGCUAAGAAGAGAAAUUGAAGAACAAGAUAGGCUUAUUCAGUCACAGGACUGUGAACUGACUGCUUUACUUGGCUGCAUUUCUUUGAGAGAACUACAGGAAAUAAGCAAGGCUGUGGAUGACACUUUAGCAACUUCCUAUCAAAUUCCAUUCAGUCUGGAUCUUCCAGGGACAAUAAAGAGCCUUCAGGAAAAAGAACAAUCAUUCAGCAAGUCCAUUAAAGAAACUACUGCCAAAGUUUGUACGAGUCAGAAACUGUGCAGUACUUUGAGGAGGAAAGUGAGUGAUAUUGAGACUCAACUACCAGCUCUACUCGAAGCCAAAAUGCUGGCUGUUUCAGGAAGUAAUUUCGGUACUGCGAAGGAUCUGACAGAAGAAAUAAGAUCAUUAACGUCUGAGAAGGAAGGGCUGGAAGGACUUCUCAAUGAACUGUUGGUUCUGAGUGCCAGAAAUGUCCGAAAAUUAGAGAGAAUUAAAGAUGAUUACACCAGACUGAAACAAGAACUUGAACAAGGAGAGGCUGCCUUUGUGACCAGUGUAAAAGAAAAUGCUGAAAAGUACAUGGAGAUGCUGGAAGAUAAACUACAUAGCUGCAGGAGCCAGCUGCUCCAAAGAGUGUGGGAAGCUGACUUGGAAGCCUGUCAGCUGUUGAUCCGAGGGUUUCAACUGAAAGAAACCAGUUGCUGUGUUUUUGAGGAAGAGGAGAACCAAAUGGAUGAAAUGGAGAUGACUGCUGAUGGCCCAUCUGAUUCUGAAAAAAGAAAAGAAGGUCACUUUCCAAAGGGCACAGAGUGGGGCACUGUUCCCUGCCCCAAACACAGCGAGCUAAAAGAGGUUAUGGAAGACAUUUCAUUUGGAGGAGAGGGUCAUUUAUCUGAGGAGUUCUUCAUAUUUUCUGCAGAGUUGGGAGAAAAAUGUGAAGCAAUAAGUGAGAAAUUGGUGCAUCUGGAAGAUCAGUUGCAAACUUCCGCCUGCAGAGUUGAUGAAGGACUUGCACAGUCUCUGCAGAGGGAGAUCCAGGUGGUGAAGGAGACACUCCAGACCGUGCUGGUACAACUUCAGCCAGCCAGGGAGGCAGGAGAAGAAAAGGCUGGAGACUUCCUCUGUGACAGCUGGUGUCCAGGAAAACAAGACUUGAAGGAAUAAUGAGCAGAAAGAGCUGGUAGGAUGACAUUAAUUCACAAAGGGCUGCUUUUAGUAACUGAAUACUGUUUUACCAAGCCUCAGGGAUCUCUUCUCUCCCUGCAUAACUAAUAACUAAAUCAAUUAUGGAGAAACAGAGCCUGGAGGUCUAUCAUCAGAAGCAUUCUACACAGCCUCACAUGUUUUGGCACAGAUUGAGAAACAGCUUUCAGAGCAGAGCAGCCCCUGUAAAUGUGUAGAUUACAAAUUGAUACAUUUCAAGUGAGUCUGCAAAGUUGCCUUUAAUGUCAGUGAAAUGUUCUCCUUGAAGACUCGUAAACAGUAUCUGUCUUCCUUACUCAUGGAUUUUUUUUUUCCCUGAUUUAAAAAUGUAGUGUUAAAGCUGGAACAUCUAGUAUUUCUUGAAAAAUAGCUGUAAGAAUAAUAUGAACUUUUUUUUUUCCUUUGGCUUUAACAGCUUUCUUACACUGAAUGUAUUUUCACAUUCUUGCCAAUAAUUAAAUCAAUAGGAUGAAAUUCAAGCUAACCAAGUUCUUUCAACUGAAAUUUGGACCUCAUUUACUCUGUGGUAUUGAGUACAGUGGAGGUAACUAACAGCAGCCCCUAUAGCAGUAAUUUAACUCGCUUCAUUUAGGUAUUAGUAUAAACUUGCUUUAGUAUUACAGGGGUUGUAAAGCACAAAAAAAUUACUAUGUUGGUGAUUUGUGUUCCUUAUAUUUAAAUAUUGUAUGAACAAUAAGUCAUUUAAGUCUCCUUGUAAACUUUAUUACUAUUAUGUUACUUUGAUCUUCCUUAUAAACUUCAGAAGGAACGCAGAUUUUUUUGCAAUAGACACGUAUGUAUAUAUAUACAUACUUAAACAUGUAUUUUUAUGGGAAAUAAAAGCAAUGCUCAACUGAAGCCAGCUAAUAUAAAUGACCUAUAUUUAGAUCAUUGUUCAAAACAGUUAAUGCCUUUAGGAAUUCAUUGUAUACUCUUACUUGGGUACCAAUAUAUCACUGAUGUCACAAAAAAUUCUGCUUCUGCCAUUUGUUGCAGAGGAAUAAGUUAAAAAAAAAUCUGACUUUUUUUUUUUUCUUAAAGCCAAUAGAUGAAGAAAAUGUCUUGCAACUCAGUACUGUAUUUUUUUAUACUACUUUUCUGACAUUUUUAGAAUUUUUUUUCUGCUACUUCAGUUACUCAUUUUAUAGCCACAUUGUGAAGGGUUUUGCAAAUUUUGAAGGUCAUUGGACUACUAGCCCACUAAGAUUGUGUUCAUUUUCUUUGUGUGUUUUAAGACUAGUUGAAACUUCUACCUCAAUGUUAAGUACAUAAGGAGGGAGGAAAAAAACUUGCCAGGCAGCUGAGACUUACAACAGGAUUAUAAUUGCAUCCAGGAGUAUACAGUUGUCAAACCAGGGGAGCAGAGCUCAGGUGGUUUGUGUCGUCAUCAGAUCCUCAGGGUGGAAUUACAACCCUGUAAUUCAGAACAUGGUUGAUGUUUCUCAUUGUGCAAUACAUGGGCCAGCAUCCGUGUUGUGGUAAAGACUCUUGGAUCUUCCCUUUGCAUGGGCUCUGCUACUUGGUUCCCAUCCCCAGUCUCAAACGGAGAGCUCUUGCUGCUCUGCUGCUGCUCAGUUUGACAAGUUUCUUUCUUUCUCCAAGCUUUUCUGGACAGUUCCUGUUCAAUACCUACCUCCCCAUAGUAGAUUUGGCACUUUCUGAAACUCCCCCUGACAGCUGAGCAAGGCAUUUGUCUCUAGCUCAAGGCAGCCCAACAAGUGCGGGCGGCAGCCUGCCGCACCCUGACAUUCAGCCCAUGCACAGGAUCAGCUCCCCUGGGAAACCCUGGCUGGGCACGCGUGGCCUGGCUGCCCGAGGGCACUCGUGGAAACCCACAUGAGUUCAGGUAAACAGAAAAGAAAGCACACUGACAAGAUAGGUCUCUUACCGCUGUUUCCUUCGCUCCUUGUGGGUUAACACCACAGAGGGCCUGGGUACGGAGUUUCCGGCAAUGAGCAUUUAUAUAGGAUGAUGAGGGCACUCCCAGAGAUGAUGGCCAGUACACCAAAGUUGCAUGACCCCCCUCGCCCACACACUGAGGGGUGUGUGGAGUUUUGUCCUUUGAGUAAGUAGUGCCUGCAAUGUAAAUAGUUGGUGGGCCCUAUAAGUGCCUUAGAGCCAGGAUCAGCCACAGCUGAAGCAUGAAGUCUCAGUCCUUGCAGCAGCAAGGGUUCAACAACAGGGACAGUAACCAACCAUCACUGGGGCAGAACAGCACCCUUGUUCUCACUAGCAAGGUUUCUUCAAGACAUUCCCAUUCAAUUAAAAAACCUGUGUGGCUUUUGUGUUUCACAGCUUCAGAGCACUGCUGAAUUUUAAUAAAAACUCAACUUAUGCAACCACUUUAAUAAGACACUGAACUCCUGAGGAGAAGGGAAACUGAAUCAGUCAUCAUUCAUGUCAUAUUUAUAUCUGUUAACAUUUAUUUUAUACAUAAUGUGGACUACUACUACUUUAAUUUAUUAUUCCAUUAACUUCACUGUUUGUUGUGGGAAGUUAGAACCAGUAAUCAUUCCUUUUCUCAGACAUGCUGAAUAAUAAGCAUACUAAAAAAAAAAGGUAUACUAUGCAAUGUAUCAGCUGCCUUUUAUCUGUGGAUAGAAAACUUUCAAAUAAAGAGAAGUAUGUUUUUAACUA